AUGGUGUCAAGAAGAGCUAUCCUCGUGAUAUUCACGGCGGUCGCAUUGAUGUCCGGUAAUAGAGUAAUGGCAGCAGUGGACUGCUCGUCGCUGAUACUAAACAUGGCAGAUUGUUUAUCGUUCGUGACGAGUGGGAGUACGGUAGAGAAACCGGAAGGGACAUGUUGCUCAGGGCUCAAGACAGUUGUUAGGUCAGGACCUGAAUGUCUUUGUGAGGCUUUUAAGAACAGUGCUUCCCUUGGUGUUACUCUUGAUCUUACCAAAGCUGCUUCUCUUCCUUCUGUCUGUAAAGUUGCUGCUCCUCCUUCUGCUCGAUGUGGCCUGUCUGUCCCUGCAUCUCCUCCUACUACUGCCCCUGAUUUAUCUCCCACGCCCGGAGCAGGUGCGCCGGCGACGUUUUCCGGUAGAGGAAAUGCGGCAACUCCGAUUCCAGUUCCCGGGAGGUCCGAUGCGUCCUUGCCCUCUGUCCCUUUCGCAUCUGCCCUCUUCAUUGCCCUCAUCUCUUCAUCUUUCUAUUGA